AUGUGUUGUGUUUGGGGUUGCACUGCCAGAUAUAAAGCAAAAGGUGUAGGGUUUUAUCGAUUUCCUUCAAAAAAAAGUAAAUUUAUCCAGCGGAACCUGUGGGUGAGGAGGUUAAAGCGAGUGGACGUCGUCAAAAGUAACAGUGCUACAGACAAGACGGCAAGACUGAUUGGUGGCGGAUUAGCCAUUUCUAACGGGGCAGACUGGGAACCAAACAUCCAUCAUCGAGUUUGUGGAAGACAUUUUCUCACAGGUUGUCCGAACCCUGACCCCGACCACCCUGACUUUGCUCCUUCGCAACACCUUGGACCUGAGUCAGCCGAUCCAACCGCAUCUGCUAAGAGAGCAGCAGAUACACAGGGUCGGUACAAUCAAGCAGUAAAGAGGAGAAAACUUUAUUCUGCAGCUGGAUCAGAAACAGAACCAGAACCAGCACCAGCACCAGCGAUUGUUACUGACAUAGAAGACAACCAGGAAGAAGAAGGGGACAACCAAGACAAUGCAGGGCAAUGUCAAAUGUGUGAAAUGCUACAGCAAGAGGCGCAUAGGUUGCGAUUAGAGAGAGACGCUUACAAAGACAAGUUGUCAAAAUUGUCCAUCUCUUCAGAAAAUUGAUUUGACACAGAGAAUGAUGCAGCUAGUCAAAUUAAGCGCAAACAGAAAUUCUUUUCAUUUUAUUUUGGACUGCCAUCUUUUGCUGUGUUUAUUUGGAUUUUGAACUUAAUUGCACCGUUUAUUUCAGAAAGAAGGGUUAUCUCCAAGGAGAAUCAACUUCUUUUAACUUUGAUGGAGCUCCGACACGGACUUGCCCAUUUAGACCUUGCU